AUGGCGUUGCACUGCGCUGCCGCCGCCAGCGUCUCGCCGUCCACCGGCCCGUGCCCCCUGCCUCGGCAGCACCACCGCCAGCGCGCGCUCUGGCGCUCCCCGUUCCAGCCGCAGCGGCCACACAGCCUAGCUUCUGCCCAAGGCCCUGCCCGGUUGGCGUGCGGCGCCAGGAGGCGGGUGAGGCACGAGGAAGAGGAGGAGGACGAGGAGGAGUACGGGCACAACGAGGAGAUGGCGCGGCUGGAGGCCUACAGCGAGGGGGCGCGCGACCUGGCCCUCCUCGUCACGGCCGCCGUCGACGGCGACCUCGAGUCCGUGCUCGUCUUCAAGGGCUUCUCGUCGAGCCUGAGCGGGAGGACGGCGCCGGACCCGGCCAUGAGCGUGCUCCCGGAGCGGGCCGUCAUACAGUCCGUCGACGUGGUGAAGGGCCCGUUCGACCCCAACAACAUCGAGUACCUCGAGAAGGAUCUGCCAUGGGAAGAAUUCAAGAGCCGCCUCCAAUAG